AUGGAGACAGCAACACAAGAAACGCCCAAUUCGGGGCUUGUAUCACCCUCGUCAAAAGUUGUCUCGACAAAGAGGAGCCGGAAGAAUUUAGUGACUGGAAAGAGGGUUUCCCGAAAUACAGUACGGCAAGGUGAUACAGAUGGCGAUCUGGAGCACAUCCGCAAAAAAAAGCCUAACUCGCACGAAGUAAAUGCCAACACGGUGGAAUUGAAGACCUUUACGAAAGUGGUACCCAGAGCCCAAGUGCAACGGAUCUGGAAUGUGAUAAGUCCGGACUUGGCAGAUAGCAUAGAGUCUAGACUGAGAAUGUUAGCUACUGCUGUUUCUGUUGAAAUGGGGGGAUCCGGAAAACUUCAAAGCAAAAGUGGUCUAGUGCUGAAACAGCUGCUUGAUGACCUUGUUCCAAAACUACAAAGGACAAAAUUGCCUCCAGGAGACAAGAUACGGGAUUUCGAUGUUCAGGAGCUACAGAGGGUAAAGUUGAGGUUAGAGGCCGAACUCUCAACUAGUUUCCAGCAGGUGGAGGCUCUCCAGGAAACUCUGAAACGAGAGGAGAGGGCUCUCAAAAGAGCCGAGGCUUAUAAAAACAACUUUUCGCGCAAUGCAGCGGAGAACAUACGGUUGUUGGAGAAGAAUGAGGGCAACCUCAUGAAAACCCCACCUGUUAUCAGCCAGAAGUCAAUAUCUUCAUCUGCGAUCGAUCUGCGGCAUGAAUUAUCAUUGGAAACAGAUGAAAAACGAUACAACCCGUCCAAUGAUGAGGAGAUCAUUGAUCUGUUACGGAGACUUGAUGGGAAGAUAGGUAUGAUUUACCACGAUAUGCCUUCGGUGGUGGAGCUUACUGAUAAUUGUUCGCGGCUGGGGAAUUUGGUGGGGAUGGUGAGUAAGAAGACAUGA